AUGGCGUACAACGCUGUAGAACAGAUCGAUCACGACGACCAUAGUGACAGCGACCAUGACUCGGGCCCCGUGCUUGCCUCUGCUUACCCGUCGAGUUCGCUUGCUUCACCAGUCUUUGCGCCACCUCUAUCUGCAUCAUUGGGGCUAUUUUUGGACGAUCCGCAGGAUACGAGCAGCCAAAACAUUUCGUCCACCACAGGCACAACCACAAGCACCAAAACAAGUGCCAGCUAUGAGAUGGUCGAGGGAGACGACUUUGCAGACGAUGCCCGCAGUUCUCCCUUGUUCACCUCAUACGAGAAGGGAGAUUUCAAUUCUGGAGGCCUAAACAAAACUACGCAUACAGCACCACCAUCAGCAACAUCACCAAACGAAGGUGGUGCCAGUCCUCCAGUUGUUCCCUUGCACGUUCCACAACCCAGGAGACGCCUCAGUUCAGCCACAGGAACAAUACCCGAUACUGUUGCCAGAAAAACAUCAGUGCGGAAAGGGGCAUUGCAACACCCAACUCCGGAUCUGCAGGUUCUGCAAGGAGCAUACACGGGCAAUAUUGAGCAUCUCGAGAGGACUGCAGAGCGACUGAGUAUGACCUCCUCCAUCCAAGACGCAAUAAAAGACCUCCACGAUGAACAAAAGCGCUCCGAUAGCCGAAAAUCUUCACUCCUCUCGAAUCAGGGCAUGGCGGCGAUAACACGGCAGGUGUCAAAUCAUUCCUCCAUUAUCGAAGUCAAUUCGGCUGCACGUUCAGGCGGAUACUCACCUGCGGGUUUCAUGAUGUCUCCCGGAGGAUCUUUUACAACGGGUGGAGGAGUAAAGCGGUCUGCCUCGAAGAGCUCGAGGUACGGUUCCCGUCCUGAACCGGAGAUGGAAGGAAGACCACUCGAUUCAUUUGUCAAUCUACCUUCAAUUCCCACAAAUUCGCCCAUGAUGUCGAUAUCUGCCUCCAUUAACGAACAAGACGAAGGCUCUGCCACACUCACGCGACCGGUUGUCAACCUACUCGAGCGAUACAAUGGGGCAAGAGAAAGAUCGGCUACCUCUGCUUCUACGAAUACCUACGAACGGGGAGAGAAGAUGUUUGCGGAUUUUGAUGGUGUUCACAAUUACGAAGUGGAUCCUAGUGAGCACCCAGAAACGCCGGAGCAUCAACAACGGAGAGCAUCAGGGCAUGAUCUGAAUAGUCUGGAGAAUGCACAGCAGAGAGUAUCGGGGUACGAGUUGGAUAAUCCAGACAAUAUACAAAGAUUAUCGUCUGGGACCGAGUUGGAUACGGCCCAUCGAAGUGUGUCGUUUGCGAAUGAGCUGGACAUUGCACAGCGGAGGUUAUCAGCUGGUAAUCGACUGACAGAGGCAUCUAUGGCGAGACCGCAAUCAUAUGCAGAUCCGGAUUCUGGCCAACAAAUGGUAUACUACCCUGCACCAGUGCCAAUGAUGCUCAAUCUUCCUCAAAAACUAUCCAAAGCUCCAAGCUCAAUGGCGAGGAACAAGAGAAGGUCUCAGGUCAUGAGCAAUAUCCCACCGGCAGCUCGACAAUCGGCCAUAUGGCUACCAGAUGUGUUGGAAGAUGAGCAAGACUUUGCAGAAGAUGUGGGCAUUCAUGACAUGGAAUACGUGCCGCAGCACCAGAGAAUGACAAUGGGGGGAAGACGGAGUACUCAAGAUUUAUCGAAAUUACCUCCACAGCUACGCGCUAGUACAUUCUUCGACCUCCCUGGCCCCGAGCAAAAGGUGGAGAUGAAGGAACAAUCCGCAGUGGCUACACUGGAUAGUAUCCUAGACGCGUCUGCUCAUGCACCUGUGAGCGCUUUUACUGAUCACGCAUAUGCUGGGCAUCUCGGGGCCGAAGUCUACGGGCAACCAGAGCUCAGAAGAAACAGCCGGAGCAGUACACAACUACUUCAACCGACAAGCAUUCCUAAGAAGCGCACAAGCUCAUUCAACCUGCUUCGUGGGCGAAGGGCGAGCAGCAAUGAUUUACUGGAAACAAACAAGUUGAAGAAACGAGCGUCUACAAUGUCUGGGGGAUUGGAUGAAGCAGGAGCUGUCACUCGUGAUGAAGAUGAGAGCAAGGACACCACUCCAAUGACUGAUUCAGAGAACGAUCCACACUCGCGCGUAACAAGUAGUUCUGCUCUGAAGGGAGAGGAUCCCGAAGAAUCGUCAGAGGAUGAAGGACAACGAGACGAUGAAGAAUAUCACGGCGCCCCAACCACCCUUCUCGCCGAAUUGCAAUUACGAAAACAGCAGCAGAAGAAGCGAAUCAAACCACUAGCCUCUGCUUAUCCCAACGGUAUGCAUUCCACCCUUCUCCAACUCGACGCAGUCGCCCAAGUCGAGCAGCGUUCCCGAAAACAAAAACGCGUCAACCUAGCCUGGGAAGACCCCUCAGUUCAAGAACCAAUGGACGAAGCAGAUGAUGAAGAUGUACCUCUCGCGAUGCUCUACUCUAAGAAAGACGCAGAGAUAAAUAGACCAAUAGGCCUAAUGGAGCGCCGCGACAUGGAAGACAACGAGCCCCUUAGCCGUCGUCGAGACAGGCUUCAAGGUCGUCCACCAGGCGCCGGCCGCGCCUCUACAAUGAUGAACCUAGCUAUCUCCCCUGCCGAACCAGAAGAAGAAGGCGAGACGUUGGCGCAGCGCAUACGUCGACUGAAAGAAGGCGGGACCGCAAACAAUCUUCCUGCCGCUCGCCCAGUAUCCGGGGAUUUUGCCUCGGAGAUGUUGAGUCAGUUUGGGGAUCUGAAUGUUGAACCCGCGGGCAAGGGCAAGGAGAAGGAAACUGUAGUGCCAGAAGAUGAGACGCUCGGUCAACGCCGUACAAGAUUGCAAGCUGAGCGCGAUGCGCGAGCAAAGGAAGUCGGAUCGCUUAACAAACGCCGCAGUAUGGCUGAUAUCCUGCAAGCUCAUCCGUCGGCGGGCGCUGGUCAGCGCACAACGAGUUAUGAGAAGCCAGUCGGUGGGUUACUCGGUAUGCACGAGAAGGCACAGGGGCAGCGGGCGAGUACUAUGCUUAACUUGGAAGCUUCGCAUGCUUUCCCAUCGCGAGUGCCGGCUGGUGGACACAAAAACGGGUUUAUCAAUCCUGGACACGGUGGUGGCAUUCCUCAGCAACAGAUUUACAACCCGAAUGCCUACGGAGGACAAUUCCCACAACCGAGCUUGGGGUUUAAUCAUCCGCAGCAAAACAUGAUGCCUUUUGCCAAUCCGUACGCUGCAAUGGCAUACAACCCCAAUGCGAUGGUCAUGAACAUGACUUGGAACCCGAUGAUGGGCGCCGCCCCGCUUAACCAGGGGCAGAUUGAUAUGGUGGAGAGGUGGAGACAGAGUGUGAUGCAGUAA